CACGCACUCCAUUCCAGAGUUUAAAAUUUCAACUCUUCCGCUGCGAUAGUUCCUUAGUCCUCUGCGAUGCUGAAUCAUGUCAAGAGUUUCCUUUUCCCUCAAACUUGUUUCUCCGACAGAACAUAGUCCAAAAGUUAAAUGGAUUAUUUUAGAAAUUUCAAGGAUCUGAAUAUUUUUCUCAUUAUUGUGUUAUGUACUGUUGAUGUUGUGAUAGGACCAAUCGUACUUAAAUCAAAACCUUCGAGAAUCGUUGCUAUUGAUCGUCAUUCCAAAUUGAAAGUAAUAAACCACCCAUUUAGAGGACCCAGUCUCAAAGACGUAAAGGAAGGUAAAGCCUCACAAAAGAGCCUUUUCAAAACCUUCUCAUGCAGUCGGUCGACAUUUAGUGAGUGCAAUGAUCGAUGUGAACUCCGAAACCGCCAUUUACGUGGAAACUGCGAUGAAGGAGCGUGCAUCUGUGUCAAAAAUCGAGGGCGAAAAUCCUGGAGACCUCCUGCAGGGCGGAACGGAUUAGAGUAUAAAACCAACUGCUCUAUAAAAAAAAAUGCAACCAACUGUUCGAAGCACUGUUUGAGCCUUAAGAGGGGUCUCAAGGGAGAAUGUGAAGGAAAUACGUGCGAGUGUGUGGAAUGGGUCGAUGAAGAGGACGAUGAAGAGGAGGAGUCCUCUUCUGAGGAUGACGAAGAGUCACCUACGCCGAGGGCUCUGAAAUCAUCGAGCGGCAGAGGGAGAGGCCUCACGAGAAGUCAAAGCUCAUCCGGUCGGAAGAGUCCAAGCGCCAAGCGCGCGAAGACUCCCGCGAGAAUCAAAGGCUCCCAAACUCCCAAGAGAACUUCGACAAGCAGAGGCGGCAGACCCUCGUCUUCCAAGGGCAGAAGAACUCCGUCCCGGAGCGGAAAAUCCCCGGCCGCGGGCAGGGGAGCUAAGAACGGGGGUAGACCAUACUCGAAGGGUGGGAAGACACCCUCGAGAAAUGGCGGAAAGACCCCCUCGAGAAGCAACACUCCGAAAAGGCCAUCAUCUGCCAAGAAGCCGUACUCCAGGAAAGGUGGACGAAACGAGGAAGAUGGACUGGGUUUCGGUGUUCCAGCCGGGAACAAAGGUGGCAGGGACGACUUCGCGGAAGACGACUUUCCGGGAGGGGGCUUCGAUGCUCCCGCCGGGAACAGGAACGGCAGGACGGAAGACGACGACGACGACACUGACGGGCCGGAGACCCUCAAAAAUCAGAGAGUGCCACCGCCAGGACCCACGGAUCGCUUCGGGUUACCGCCGAAAGGGCGCGGGCAGGACGAUGAUUUCGGCGACGAUGAUUUCGGCCCCAACGGGGGGUUACCGCCCAAGCAGCAGUUCGCUCCCCCAGGGGGGGUACCGCCCAAGCAGCAGUUCGAUGAUGGUGACCCAUCAUUCCAAGACGACCUACCACCGGGUCGACAAUCCCAAUUUGACAACCCCCGAGGCCCACCUCCCGCGUUCGACGCGCCCAUCGACCCUAAAAGACCCGGGACGCCCACGGGCCGCGUCCCCUUCGAUCCCCAAAGACCCGGGACGCCCACGGGCCGCGUCCCCUUCGAUCCCCAAAGACCCGGAACAGGGGCGACGACCCCUAAAAAACCGCCGUCCUUGCAGGAUGAACGCCCCUUCAGUUCUCAAGGCCUCCCGCCGGGGAGGAACGGUCCGCAGAACUCAGGGUUUCCGCAACAGGGACCCGAAUUUGAUGACUUUGGCCGGCCGCCCGUGGAUGAGUUUGGGAGACCAAUGGAUGAUUUUGAUUCGAAUGAAGAUUUCAACAAUUUGGACCGGAAUGGAUUUGAUGAUUUUGGCCGAGGGGCCCCUCCGAGGAAUGCUAAUAUUGACAGCUCCCGCUUCCCGCUUCCAAUUCGAUCCGGUAACGGACGUUUCUAAUUCGGAAGUGAGAAAUACCCGACAUUACAUUAUUUUAUGAUUUGGAUUGAAAAGCCAGCGUGCUCAAAUUAUUAAACAAGAAGUAAACUGAUAA